GCACAAAGAUGACGCAUGCGCAGGCGCCACUUCCUGCUUCCUGACAGCAGCAGUUGUCCUGAUCUUCUGGUGGUUUUUGGACUUUCUGUCUCCGUGUCCACCUGUCUGUCCGCGUCCAUGCGCGCUCCCGUCUGCGCGGCGCUGCUGCUGCUGUGCGCGCUGAGCGACGCGGCGGCUCGUCACUUCUCAGAGGAGCAGAUGGCGGCUGUCAGGCAGCGGAUCAAGUUCAUGUUCUACCACGCCUACAACAGCUACCUGAACAACGCCUUCCCCUACGAUGAGCUCCGCCCACUCACCUGCGAUGGACAGGACACCUGGGGCAGUUUCUCUCUGACUCUGAUCGACGCCUUGGACACGCUGCUGGUUCUGGGGAACCGGACCGAGUUCCAGCGCGUGGCGUCGCUCCUCCAGGACACCAUAGACUUCGACAUCGACGUCAACGCGUCCGUGUUUGAAACCAACAUCAGAGUGGUGGGCGGCCUGCUGUCGGCCCACAUGCUGGCGGGUCGGGCCGGGAUGGAACUGGAGCCCGGCUGGCCCUGUUCCGGUCCGCUGCUCCGGAUGGCCGAGGACGCGGCCCGCAAGCUGCUGCCAGCGUUCGAUACGCCCAGCGGGAUGCCGUACGGCACCGUGAACCUGCUGCGCGGCGUCAGUCCCAGCGAGACGCCGGUCACCUGCACCGCCGGCGUGGGAACCUUCAUCCUGGAGUUCGCCGCGCUGAGCCGCCUCACCGGCGACCCGACGUUCGAGAGCGCGGCGCGGCGCGCGCUGACCGCCCUGUGGGACACCCGAUCUGACAUCGGACUGGUGGGGAACCACAUCGACAUCGUGACCAGGAAGUGGGUGGCCCAGGAUGCCGGCAUCGGCGCCGGCGUCGACUCGUACUUUGAGUAUCUGGUGAAAGGAGCCAUCAUGCUGCAGGACCAGGAGCUUCUCAGCAUGUUCCGAGCGUACGAUCGGGCCAUCCAGAACUACACGCGUUUUGAUGACUGGUACCUGUGGGUCCAGAUGCACAAAGGAAGCGUCACCAUGCCGGUGUUCCAGAGCCUGGAGGCCUUCUGGCCCGGCCUGCAGUCUCUGCUGGGGAACCUGGACAGCGCCGCCAGAACCUUCCAGAACUAUUACUCAGUGUGGAGGCAGUUUGGAGGUCUGCCGGAGUUCUACAGCAUCACACAGGGAUACACAGUGGAUAAGAGAGAGGGGUACCCACUGAGACCAGAGCUGAUGGAGAGCGCCAUGUACCUGUUCAGAGCCACAGGUGAUCACACCUACCUGCAGUUCGGCCUGGACGCCGUGGAGUCCAUCGAACGCAUCGCCAAGACGCCAUGCGGCUACGCCAGCGUGAAAGAUCUCCGGGAUCACCAGCUGGAUAACAGGAUGGAGUCGUUCUUCCUGGCUGAAACCGUCAAAUACCUGUACCUGCUCUUUGACCCCGCCCACUUCCUGCACGGUGGGGGGGCGGAGGGGGACGGGUCGUGGGAGGGGGGCGGAGCCAGCGGCCAGUGUGUUCUGGGGGCCGGGGGAUUCGUCUUCAACACCGAGGCUCAUCCUCUGGACCCAGCGGUGCUGCACUGCUGCAGCCGCCACGCGCAGGAGCGCCGCGAGCUGCAGCACCUGCUGCUGGGGCUGACUGCGCCGGCCGGCCAAUCGGAGCCACCCGCCGCUCAGACAGAGGACCCUCCCCCCAGCCAAUCAGAGAGCAUCGCUCUGAAGCCCGGAGAGAAGAAGGCCCCGCCCCCUCUCUCCUGCCCCGUUCAGCCGUUCGGCGCUCGGCUCGCCGUCCUGGGCCAGGUAUUCUCUGAUAACACCUGAGGCUCUGAUUGGCUGCAGGUGGGCGACGCCCUCAAGUAGCUCCGGGACUCUGAGGCGCCUCCGGACUGACGGACGUCAUUUUAAAAUGUAUUUUUAUUUAUUAAAAUGUUUCUGAGUUUUCAGACUCUUUUCUCUCCUGGAGGUUUGUAGGAUAUCAGAACCGGGAUCCAAACUAAUCUGGGUUUAGUUUCAGUGAUUUGACUAAAAAAUAACAAACAUUUAAAUUAAAUGCAAAACAUUUCCUGCACUUUGUGUCAAAAUAAAACCACACCUGAGUUUAUUCAGGCUGCAGACUGCAGGGGGCGCAGCGGCUCCUCUGGUGAGUUUGUAGCUGCAGUAUCGCGAAAUGGCCACCAGAGGGAGACAUCUGAGUUGGCUUUGAGUUUCUGAUCAGUUUUCUUUAAAUAUUUAGACUAACAAACACUGAGGGGAUUUCCUGAGGAGGAGACGACGGGUCGUUAGUUUAGAAACUUUAAUCCCAGAGAAGAUUCUGGUUCUGGUUCUGAUCAGCAGAAACAACAUCCAGGAUUAAAGUCAGACAUCGGAGGUCGUAGUUCAGGUCUCUGGUUCGAUUCCAGGGCCUCUCAGUGAAACUCGGCGCCGUUCUGCUGCUCUGCUCAACAUUUGGUAAACAUUAAACUGAGCGAGAUUUGACCCGACCCAGAACCACAACCAGAACCUCCCUGAAUCUGAUCUAGUUUCCCCUGAAGGGCUUUGAUCGUUAGGCAAAGACUUUUCAGCUCCUUUUAAAGAUGAAAAGUGUUUGUUGUUACCCUGGAAGGCCCGCCGGUACCAGAACCAGAACUCCUUUAGUCCUUGUUGUGUUUGAUUGGAUGAACGUCUGCGGAUCAUAACGAGCUUCAGGUCGUGAUGUAGCAUCGGGACGCUGAGUGGACUGGACCAUUAAAGGUUUCACUUCCUGGAUCAGGUCAGGAUGUGGCCUAAACAAAACAUGUUCAUUAAUCUGUGCACAAAAUAUUUUUAGAUGAUCAGAUUUCAUUCUGCUCAGUUCUGCCUGUUGGGACGUUUUAGGGUCUCUGUCUCUUUAAAUCCAGACAAACCGCUGCUGGCCACACCCACAACUCAACAUUUACACUUUUACAUGAAACAGAUGAUAAAUUAUGCACCUGUUCACAGAGGCGCCUCUAGGGGGAAAGUUAGGACAAUCCUAAGGGCCCCUGAGCGACGGGGCCCUCCACAAUUUAUUUAUUUUUUGUUCAUCGAAAUAAAUAAUAAAAAUAAAGAAUUGGGGCCCUGUCAAUUACAAAAUGAAUCAUAUUGUGUUUUCUAAAAUUGUUUUAGCAGUAAAAAUGAAAUGUUGCCGCUCCCAGAAAAACAUCCAUAUUCACCCUGAACCUCCUGGAUCUGCAGGAAAUGGUUGGUUCCUGCUUGACGGUGACGAUGUUCAGCAGCAGUCAGUGGAAAACAAGAACCACUGUGGCUGUUAUUAUGCUGCUAAGAAAAAUUAUAAAGUUAGGUUUUGAAAAAAUAGAGAUAAGAGAGAGCAAAAGGUAAAAGUGUUCAUUUAUAACCCAGUUUUUCUCUGAGAGGUGGGUAGACUGAGAGAUUAUCAACCAUUUAGCAUAGUUAGCUUAGCUACAGGCUGUUGGCCUCCAAUUCACUAACAUUUAAUAAAUUAAAGAAAUAAAUGACCAACAUAUUCA